AUGGUGCAGUGCGACCCCUACGCCAUCAAGGCCAUCGUCGAGGACUCGGCGGACAAGGCGACGUUCCGGCCCGUGCUCCAGGCGCUCGACGUGCGGAACAGCGCCAAGGAGGGCACCGCGGACCGCUACCGCGUGUUGGUGUCCGACACGGUCCACUUCCUGCGCUGCAUGGCCGUCGCGAAGCUCAACGCCCUCGUCACGGACGGCCACCUCGUCAAGGGCUGCCUCGUGCGGCUGCUCGACUACCGCGUGACCUGGAUCCAGAACCGCGCGGUCAUCAUCCUCCUCGAUCUGGAGGUGCUGAGCGGCGCGAUGGAGCGCGUGGGCUCGCCGCAGAACUACCCCGAGUCGCUCAACUCGAAGUCGAAAGCCGCGGCCCCGCCGCCGCCGCCGGCGCCCGCGCCGGCGCCCGCCGCGGAGAAGCGCGCGCCGAGCGGCGCCUACCACGACCUCGCGGAGGACGUGGUAUUGGGCAUCGCGCGCGCGAUGGGCGCGCUGCACCCGGGCCGCGAGGGCGCGCCGAGCCGGGGCGAGCCGCCCACCGACGUCGCCGGCGACGUCGCGGCCCUCGCGGCGGCGCUGGCGGCCGAGGCCGCGGACCCCGCGCGCGGCCUCGACGACGCGGCGUGCGCGACGUGGGCCGCGAACGUGCGAGACGCCGCGGCCGCGGCCGCGCUCGGCGCGCGGCAGCAGGUCGAGGCGCGGAAGCUGCUGAGCCGCGUCGUCGACCGCCACCUCGCCGGCGCCGCCGACGAGGAGAACCCGGACCAGAACGACGGGCCCCUGCCGCUGUCCGCGUUCGCGGCGCUCGACGCGCUCCGCCACUGCUGCGGCGGCGCCAAGGCCGGCGCGCUCGAGAAGCUCGCGCGGCUCGCGCGGCGCGUGCACCACCACGACUUCCUGCUGCGGCCGAGCGCGCUCGGCCUCCUGGCGUCGCUGGCCGUGCGCUGCGCGCCGCGCCACGGCGACGCGCUCGCGCUGAAGCGCGCGGGCGAGGACGCGCCGCCGGCGACGCAGAAUUUGUUCGACGAGCUCCGGCGGUGCGCCCAGUGCGUGCUGAGCCGCCUCCUGGCCUGGCCCGAGCGCAUGGCCAAGGGCGGCUGCGACCUGGGGCCCGACGCGCGGCCGCCGGCGCCGACGGCGGGCUCGUCGCCCGACGAGAUGGGCGGCGCGCUCGCGUUCUACGACGCCAUCGCCUGCGGCGAGGCCCUGCGGGCUUUGAAGCUGCUGGGGCGCCUGGGCGUCGUCGCGGCGACGAGCGACCAGGCGGACUCGCUGCCCCUGGUCGCUUUGCUGGGCAACCGGAACGGCGAGCCGAGGAAGCCGACCAAGGCGGAGCGCAAGGCCGCGAACCGCGAGCGCGACCGCGUCGCCAAGGAGGCCAAGGACGAGCGCGACCGCCAGGCCGCCGCGGCGCGCGCCGCGCGCCAGGCCGCCGCGCCGCCCGCGCCGCCGCCGCCGCCGCGCGCGCCGGCCGCCGCGCCCAUCGCCCGGCCGCGCGCGCGCGCGCCGCCGCGCGCGCCGCCGCCGCCGCCGGCCGACGACGCGGGCGACGACGACGACGACGACCUGCUCCGGUCGGCCAUGGAGUUCUCCCUCGACGACAUGGCCGACGAGCCGCCGCCGGCCCCCGCGCCGCCGGCGCCGCGGCGGGGCGACCCGCGCGUCGCCGCGCUCCUCCGGCGCCGCGGCCUCGGCGCCUACGGACCCGCGCUCGCGGCGCACGAGGUCGACGUCGACGCGCUCCGUCUCAUGGCGCCGGGCGACUUCGCCGACGUCGGCGUGCCCCGCGACGCCGGCGAGGCCAUCCUGGACGCGCUCCGCGCGGACGACGCGGGCGGCGCUCCGUGGGCGAAGGGAUGGUACUAG